AUGGACGUAACGAGCGCAAAGUUUGAACUACCGAACAUUUAUUUUGAUAAUAAAAUUUUAUAAUUUGGACGCGCUGCUCUAUAGUGUAACUAACCAUGAUGAUUUGGCAUUAGUGACUGAAUAAUAAACAGUAAAUUAGACAGACGUCAACAAAACGAUAAGGCUAUACAGCGCAGAUAAGAUCGGCCCGCUCUAAUUGGAAAACCCUAUAUAAUAUUGUACUCUUUCAAUACUUGUUUAUCUCGAACCGUUCACACAAAACACUAAAUACAUAAUGCGCAGUCAAUUUGAACAACAUAUAUUAAGUACCUACUGAAAAUAUAUGGUCCUAGGAAUGAUACAAAUCUAAUAAUGGAUAAAUUUUAAUUUAUUUUAUUUUUACAGGAAUGUUAUUUCAAGGUGAUAAGAGAAGCACUAGUAUCAUUUACGUUGCAAGAUGUAUACGCAAUGUAUAAUCAUCUACCAGCAUUAGACACGCCGUUAAAAAAAAAAUUAAGAACUGAUAGUUUAUUAUGGAAAAAAUCCAUGGUUCAGGCUACUGAAUUCCUCGAAAAUAAUUUUCAUCAAGGCAAUCAUUUGGUGGUCAAAAUGAUCAAAAUCUGGCACAAGGAUUUUGAGUAUGUUUAUAUAACACAUAGAGUAGGGUGAUACUUAUUAGGAUGAAAAAAUAUUUUCUUUAAUACUUUUCGUAGCACUCUGUUAUUAUGGCCUACUUAUUAAGUAAAUGCGAAGACAUAUUUUUCUUAAUUGAAAAUUAAGUUUUCGAAAACAAAAAAAUUGUAUGUACAUCACUUAUGAGGUAUCAAUAUUUUAAUAUAUUUACAUUUUAGAAGUAUUUAUAUUAUUGUAGUAUUAAAGUUAAAAAACGUCCUAAGAUAAUGGAGAUGGGUGCAGCCACUACUAUAGGUAAUUAUUGAAUAUCUGUAAUCAACGAUUAACCAUUGAAGACCAUCUAGAAAAAUAUUCUCUAUUCAAAUCUGUGUUCAAAAGGGGGGAGUUCCUCUUUGAAAAUCAAAAGUAUGUACUUAUUUAAGGUAUAUGUAGUGGGGGUGAAAAAUUAAAAAUUAUUUUAAAAUAAAGCUUAAACGAUUCCAUAAUAAUUAGAAAAAACAUAAAUUGAAUUCACUGAAAAUCCUCUGAGAUAAUUGCUGGUUCAUGAUAAAAAAAUUAUCUUAAUUCAUAUAGUAUAUAUAUAUUUAUUUACACAUAAUAACUUAGGUAGUUAAUUCAAGUUAAGAUUUAUUAAUCUUUUUAUAAUAUAUUUAGUUUUGGUGGUGCAAAAUAUAUAUUAAUUCAUUCAUGAUUUGACAACAUUUUUUAAACUUUAUAAUCCUAUUCCUGAUAAAAAAAAAAUUGUCUUCAUAAAUCCUUUAAUGGGUAAAAAAAAAGUUUUAAUUUUAAAAGUAGAUACACAAUAAUUCUCUAAAAUCCAAUUUUUAAAAAAAAAUGUUUGAGGAAAAUCAAAAAUACAGACAAGUUUAAGGAAAUAUAAUUUUUUUAUUUUGUUAUAAAACGUUUCGAAAUAAUCCCAAUAUUUUUUAAUUUUCACAGAAUACUUAUAUUAUCACUUUAUAGACGUAAUAUAAUGUAAUAUAAUGAUUAAUGACGUUAUAUGACCUUAAUGACCUUUAGAUUGAUAGUAAAUUUGGUGAGAGGAGUCCAGAGGCAAUCUAGGGACAUUUCCAAAGUUUGGUAGUAAUCGGACGAAUUCCAGUUCCCCGAACAAAGAUUUUAUGGUUUUAAACUAUGAAAGGGGACUUGUGUAGUGUAACCAGCUAAAUUGUUUGUCGUUAAAAUCUCUUUCCUAUCACCAAAUCCUGGUGAGGUAUACUUGAUCCAAAAAUCAAAAAGUGGUGGUUGGUAUUAUUAAUAAAAAGUGCGCAUAACAGAUCUAUAAAAUGAUUAGUGAAAAUCCUUUCAGUGCUGCAGCGUAUAUUAAAAAACGACCAAGUUUCAAACAAAAAAAGGUCUCGCGGUGAGAUGAAUGGCGACGAAAUUUUGGCUACGAAAUAAACUAAAAUGUCUUAACGUUUAUUUUAACUAUAGAAAUUAACUAAUUUAAACAAAAUAAAAUAUUAAACCCACAAAAUCUGUGAACAUUAAAUACAAUUACGACGACAAAUGAUUACAUCUGAAUUAUCGUAAUAGGUAUUGUAAUCAUUUACCAUUUUGAUUAGAUUAAACAACGUCCUACUACUAAGAACUAUAGUGAUUUAUAUUAAUUACAGAAAUACCUGAAUUUAUUGAAUUUUUUAUCUGCUAGUAGUGAAUAAAUUCUCAAGGUGCCCCAAUUUGGAUACCCUAACUUAUGGUGUAGAUAUACUAUAAAGAUUUUGUAUAGUAAAUUUAUUUACUACAUGACAUAGGUAGUAAUUCAAAAACAAUUAGCAGAUCACCUAUUGAAUUAAUAGGUUAAUUUUAUUUAGUCUUAAACAUAAUAUUUCAAAAAUACUACCAUUAUUCUGAUAAAUUAUAAUUGAUUAAUUUGUUUCAUUAAGCGUAUUAUUAAAUAUUUAAUAUCUGAUUAAUGUUUUAUUAUUGUAUUGCAAUUUGAAACAUUUGGAUUGGAUUAAUGAAAAGGUAUACCUAUCUAAAUCUUAUUAGUUUUUUGAUUUUUUUUUUAUAAUUCUUCCAACUACAAUGAUUGUAACCAUUUAACUAACUAGGUACAUUUUGAAUAGUAUUAGGUAGGUAAUUAUUCAACUAUAUAAAAUUAUUAAUGCAUCUCUGAAUAUGAAUCAUUACAGACCAACUCCGAUGUUUGAUUUUAAAGAAAUGAUGAUAAAAGGUACUGAAAAAUUUGUAUUUUCUGAAUUUAUGAAUCAUGUAGUGAUGUGCAUUGCUGAUGGCAGUACUUUAAUGCGGAUUAAAUGGUUCAAGAGUGUUCAGGAACUAUUUCAACAAGUAAUGUAACUUAAAUUAUUAAUUUCUUUAAAAUAUUAAUAACUAGUUAUGUAAUCGUAUUAUUAUAUAAUUAUGUAAUUAUAAUGUAUAAUCAUAAUUAGUUAAUAAUUUGAAUAUCUAUCUAAUUAUUAAAAUACGAUCAAAAAUACCUAAAAAUAUAAAUUAAUAUAAAUAUCUAAAUAGAGUACCAUAGUUUGAUAUUUAACUACAUUUUUCUUUGCAAUCCUGUACCGUGUAGAAUGAUCUACUUUUUCAAUUUCCCUUCAAUAAAAGUUAACUGCAGUGGCUUACCCAUUAGCAAUAAUAGUAUCAGUUGGUAUUUUUAAUUUAAAUAAUGUUAUAUAAAUAUUUACUAUAAUAUUUGAUGACUAUUUUUAUUUUAGCACAAUCCAAAGGUAGAUACAAUACAAAAAAAGAUUUCAUUUUAUAAUUGUGUAGCACACAUUAUGGAAUUCAAAUACCAACAGUAUGUAUAUAAAGUAAUGGAACAAUUUACUGAUUUCAUGUGUAAUCCAAAAGUAAUACAACAUUUCUUUUUUGUUAUUAUUAUUAUUAUAUAUUUAUCAAUUUGUUCUGUAAAUAUUUGAUUUAGACGAAUCCUGGAUUUAUAAUUGAUUUCAAAAUUAAAAACUCUGUAUUAAAAUUUUAUCCGAGUUUUAAACGGAUUUGUGGUUUCAUUAUGUCUGUUUAUGAUCAAUUAAUUGAUAUUGUUUUAAACUUAGAACGUCUUGAGCAUAGAUUAUUUAAAAAUUUUACUUAUACUGACAAAUUAUUAAAGGUAAAUUUGUUAGUAUUAUUUAUUUAUUUAUUUAUUUAAAUAAAUAUCUCUCUCAAAUAACAUCCUCUCUUCAAAGCCAUUUCAAUGACCUAGUACUCCCACUGGCGCGACAAAAUUAACGAAAGAAAAUCUGUUCACACUACCUUUGCUCUCCGUCACAGUCAACCUCCACUAGUGCAUAUAAAGAACAAACCCAUAUCAAACUCAGAAACAGUCAAAUAUAUAGGACUAGUUUUCGACAAACGUUUAACAUGGUUUACGCACAUCUAUACAAAAAAAAUUAAAAUUGAACAAAUGACUAUACCUUCUCAGACCCAUCCUCGGCAUGUUCUCUAAUCUAUCCUUUAAAAACAAAAUUAAAAUCUAAAAUUUAUUUCUUAAACCCAUUUGGAUAUAUAGUAUACAGCUCUGAAGCACUGUCAAAAAAUCAAAUACAAAAAAAAUACAAGUGUCCCAAUCAAAAAUCCUUAAACUCAUAACUAACUCUCCUCUAUGCAUCUCAAACUACACCCUUCACACAGAUCCCCACAUUCCUAAAGUCACUGAAACAGCCCAACUAUACUACACCAAAUUCAGGAAUCGCCUGCAAAUCAUACCAACUUCCUUGUUAAAAAUCUCCUUUUCAUCUCCAACCCUGGAAAAUCUCCUUAGAAGACUCAACCGAAAAUGGCCCCAAGAUCUAAUAAACUAUUAUUUAUAGUAAAAUAAAUUAACGCCGAAGUGCCUUCACUGGUUGGUUCUUCUCACAAGUUAAUCAGGCUAUUACACCAUACCUAAAACAUCUCUUAUGCUUAUUAUACUUGUAUAGAUUGUAUAAUUUUCUAAAUAAAAAAAAAAUAAUAAUAAAUAAAUAAAUACCAUUUAAAAGUAUAAUAUAAUAAUUUUUUAUAAUAGGUUAAUAUAGAUGAGAAUAUAGUAAGUCAGCAUCGUAACAAACUAAGUUUGAUGUUGAACGGUUAUUGGGAAUUAGCUGAACACGACUUUGAUGAACAUCUUUAUCUGAUCAAUGGUCAAGCUUACGAUGAAGUUGAUAAAUUUUUAUCUAAAGAACAUACUUUUGAAGAAUAUAAAAAAUAUGUGAUUAAAUAUCAAACAAUUGCUUUAAACGUAUCAACUAAAACUAGUACAGAAAUAGUAUUUGGAAUUUUUAAAGUACGUUGUAGUGAUGCUAUAAUGGCAUUAUAUGAAGAAGCAGAGAAAUUAAAAAGUAUAAUUGUCGAUCGGAUGACGCAAGUUUAUUUAGAAAUAGGAAAGAAGUAAUUAUAAUUAAAAAAAAAAUAUAUUAUAAUUUACGUAUUUCUCUCCAGUCCCCCCUUCCCCAUUUGGAAAUGGUCGUUUUUUUUAAUUUCAAUAUUUAAUAUGUAAUUACUAAUUAAUAUGUAUUUGUAUGAUCCAACCCGGAAUUCAUAUGAUAUAUUUUAUUGAAAUAAAUUAAAUUUUAAAUGGGGGGGGGGGUGGAGAAACGUCUCUCUCUCUCCCCUAUAUGUAAAUAUAUGUAAAAUUGAAAAUUUAACGACACAAAUAUUUAGUGUAUCAUUAGUAUGUAUUUGUAUGUCCAAUCCGAAAAUCUCUACUAUCCCUCUUACUGGUCAAAAGUCGGUUAUAAUGGAUUUGUCAUCUCAUCGAUUUUUUCUCAGCUUGCAAUCUAUAAAAUAUAUUAACUAUUUUUUUUUUAUCAAUAUUUGACCAUAAUAAAUCUUUACGGUUUUUAAAUCCUAACCACUAGGUUAGGUUAUGUGACCCAUUGUACUUGAUAACAAAAAAAAAAAAAUGUCUUUUUAGUUAUAUAACUUAUUUUAUACAUUAUAUGUUGCACUCGUAUAUAAUUGAUUUUUUUCGGUAUCAGCAAUAAUAUUUCUAUAUAUGGGACUACCACUAGAUUAUUGCGUCGGGUACACAGACCAUCAUCGUUUAUUGGUGUAAUAAAAUGUCACAACUAACGGUUGUUGAUAAUCCUGUUUUCUUCUGUGGCGGGAUCCAUCAAUUUUCUCUACAUUGUCGCAUGUCGAGCGGCGGACUGACCACCACCCUUGUGGUAUGAUUGUUUUAGGCUAACCGAACCUACCUAAAAAAAAUUAAGUUUAAUUAGUCAAGUAUUAUAAAAAUAUUCUAAUUAUUAUUUAUUUAUUUACCUGAUUAUUUUUUAAGACAUCUUCCCAGCCUCCUUCCCACUAUUUAAAAGUUGAAAUACUGCAAUAAAAAAUGUCAUACAAACUUCGGAUUUAGUACAAAUACAAAUGCAUACUAAUUACAUACUAAAUAUUGAAAUGAAAAUAAACGACAAUUUCCAAAUUGGGGGGGCUGGCGAGACGUACGUUUAUAAUUUUUAAAAAUGUUUACAUUAUUUUAGAAUAAAUGAAGAUUAUUCUGUUGUACAAACUAUUGCUCUUACUCCACCAAAAAAUACAAAAGAGCUUGUAGAUUUAAAAAAAUACAUAAAUGAUGUAAAACGUGAUGUUAUUCCUGAGUUGGAAGAAAGAGUUAAAAUGGUGGUGUCAUAUGAAUUGUUUUUAUCAAAUUAUAAAUUAUUAACAGAUGUUGAACUAAACCAAAAUGGCAAAACGUAUUAUUGGUUAAAACUUAUCGAUUAUGUGUUGGCGUCAAAUACAAAACUAGUUAUGCAGAAAACAAAUGAGUUACAAAACUUCUUAUCAAAACGUAUUACUCAACUUGAAAUUGCACUGGAACAUUACCGGGCUGAAGUUAUUACCUUUGAAAAAUUUGAUGACAUAAAUCUAUUAUCUUUUUACACAGCCAGAGCAAAAAGUCUAGAUGAUCAGUUAGAUAAUGCUCUAAAUAUCAUAGAUGGAUUUAACGAGGAGGAAAAACAUUUUGGAUGGGAUGAAAGCACAUAUCCCCUGAGAAAAAUAGUAAGUUAUUUACUUGCCUAUUUUUUUUUUUUUUAAUAAUUGUUUAAUAUAAUAUUUUAAUGAAGGUUGCAGAUGCUUUGGCUCCAUAUAAAAAACUUUUUAUUAACUCUUCAGAGUUUUUAGAAAAUUAUAAUAAUUGGACGAAUGCUCAAAUAGGUACUUAUAAUCCAGAACAAAUCGAACAAGAUGUUAACAUAAUUUAUCGUAACAUUGUUAAGUUAGAAUCUACUUUUAUGGAUACUCCUGCUCCUCUAACAAUAGCUACAACAGUAAUUAAAUAAUGUUUAAUAUUUCUCAAGUAAAAAUUAUUGCAAACUAGCUAAACAUAAACUGGUUUUAAACAAGAUAUUACAGUCUAUUGAAGCAUUCAAAGAACAUAUGCCAAUAGUUUUAACAUUGGGAAAUCCAGGUUUAAAAGACCGGCACUGGGAAAAAAUUUCAGAAAUAAUUGGGUUUCCGUUAUGUAAUGAUGGAAACCUUACACUAGGGACAAUUUUAAACUAUAACUUGGACGAAUAUGUACCUAAAUUUGAGAUGAUUAGCGAUGUCGCAUCUAAGGAAAUGGCUUUAGAAAAAAAAUUAUAUGCAAUAGCAGAAGAAUGGAAUGAAUUAUACUUAAAUCUUGUGCCAUAUAGGUUUACUAUAAACUUUCUAUUGAUUCAAAUGUAUGAUUAUACUUAACUUUUUUAUAAUUUUUUCAGAGAUUCUGGUACUCAUAUAUUAUCAGGUGUAGACGAAAUACAAUUGGUGCUCGAUGAUCAUGUAUUAAAAAUGUUAACAAUGAAAAAUUCUCCAUUUAUAAAACCGUUUGAAGAAUUUAGCAAGUAAAUAAUUUUUUAUAGUGGCAAAUUGAAAUGAAAUACAUUUUAAACAUAAUAAUUAAUUACUAUUUUUAUACAUAGAAAUUUAGAAGAAAAGUUACUACUACUAAAUAAUAUAUUAGAUUACUGGAUAAAAGUGCAGGUCAAUUGGAUGUAUUUAGAACCAAUAUUUUCCUCUCAAGAUAUACAAAAUCAGAUGCCCGAGGAAUCUAGAAGAUUUGAUGCCGUUCAAAGAGUAUUUAAUUGUAUCCUAUAAUCAUGUUAAAUAAAACUUUUUAAACUUACAUUUUAGAUAUGGAAAGAUAUGAUAAAAAAAGCGCUAGAAGUAAAGAAAGUAAUACUAGCUACUGAAAUUGAGAACAUUUUACCGAACUUAAUGAUCAACAAUAAUUUAUUGGAAUUGAUUUUGAAAGGCCUUAACGAUUAUUUAGAAUUGAAACGAUUAUAUUUUCCAAGAUUUUUCUUUUUGUCCAAUGACGAGCUUCUUGAAAUUUUAUCAGAAACUAAAGAUCCGACAAGGGUGCAGCCACAUUUAAAAAAAUGUUUUGAAGGAAUUGCUAAAUUAAAAUUUACCGAGAGUCUUGAUAUAGUUUGUAUGAGGUCUAGUGAAGAUGAAGUUGUAGAUUUAUCAAUGGCUGUAGAUACAAUGAAAGCUAGAGGUCAAGUAGAAAAAUGGCUUGUAGAUUUAGAAAUAUCAAUGAAAUUGACUGUACGAGAAAUUACCGAAAAAUCGUUAAUUGCUUAUUUAAAUACUGAAAGACAAGAAUGGGUUAUUCAGUGGCCUGGACAAGUUGUUCUAGCUGUUUCUUGUACUCAUUGGACAUCCGAAGUCACAAAAGCUAUAGAAUCCUAUCCUCGAGGUUUAUCUCGAUAUUUGAAUAAGUGUAAUGAUCAAAUUAGCCAAAUAAUAAAACUAGUUCGAGGUGUUUUAUCAAUUCAAACCCGGUUAACAUUAGGUUAGAUUACAAACUAAAUUUAUUGAACUUCGGAAAUUUAUCAUAAAUUACAUUUUAUUUAUUUUGUAUUAAAGGAGCUUUAGUUGUAACGGACGUGCACGCAAAGGAUGUUGUGGAAGACUUGUUGACAAAAAAAGUUCGUAAACCUAACGAUUUUAAUUGGCUUUGUCAAUUGCGUUAUUAUUGGAUAGUAAGAAUGUUUUGAUUUUUAUCUUUAAUAUAAAAUUAACGUUUAUUAUAAACAUUCAAUUUUUUAAAAUUAUUUUAUUUCUUUAGAAAGAAAAUUUGGACGCAUUCAUGAUAAAUGCAUCUCUAAGAUAUGGUUAUGAAUACCUUGGUAAUUCACCAAGACUCGUGAUUACUCCUCUUACAGAUCGUUGUUAUCGUACUUUAUUUUGUGCUUUACAAUUAAAUUUGGGUGGUGCACCAGAAGGGCCUGCUGGUACUGGAAAAACAGAAACAACUAAAGAUUUAGCAAAAGCUAUAGCCAAACAAUGUAUCGUAUUUAAUUGUUCGGAUAGCAUGGAUUACAUUGGCUUAGGGAAAUUUUUUAAAGUAAGAUACAGUAUUACUGUAAGAUGACAAAUAAUCAUUUUAUUUGUACUUUUUUAAGGGUUUAUUAUCAUGCGGUGCCUGGUCAUGUUUUGACGAAUUCAAUCGUAUUGAAUUAGAAGUAUUGUCAGUUGUUGCUCAGCAAAUAUUAACUAUUCAACGAAAUAUCCAAGCAGGACGUAAACAAAUAUUUUUUGAAGGUUCUACAUUGGCAUUAGAUAAAACUUGUGCUGUAUUUAUUACCAUGAAUCCAGGGUACGCUGGACGUUCGGAAUUGCCCGAUAACCUGAAAGUAUAUAGAUAUUAUAAAAGAAAAAUUGAAUUUUAUUAAUUUAUUAAACGAUUUAAAUUGUUUAUAUUUUUCAUAGGCUUUAUUUCGUUCAGUUGCAAUGAUGGUCCCGGACUAUGCACUUAUAUCUGAAAUAGUUUUGUACUCUCAAGGAUUUAAUUUAGCUAGAUCAUUAUCUGUAAAAAUAGUGGCAACUUAUAAAUUGUGCUCUGAACAACUUUCAUCACAAAAUCAUUACGACUAUGGUUAGUUAUAGAUUAGAUAAUAAUCGUACUAUUUUAUUUGAAAAUAUUUCUAGGGAUGAGAGCGGUGAAAACUGUUUUAACUGCAGCUGGUAAUUUAAAAUUAAAGUAUCCAACAGAAGAUGAAAAUAUACUUAUUUUGCGAUCUAUUAAUGACGUAAACUUACCAAAGUUCUUAUCACAUGAUAUUCCGUUAUUUAAAGUAAUCAUCUAAAUAUAAAAUGAGUUUGGAGAGAUUUUAGAUAAUUCAAAAUUCAUAUCGUAUUAUAUUUUUAGGGAUUAAUAUCAGAUUUAUUUCCUGGGAUCGUGCUACCACAACCAGAUUAUAAUAUAUUGAACAUAUGCAUUGAAGAAUCAUGUGAACAAUUAAAUUUGCAGUGUACAUCAUACUUUUUGGAAAAAAUACAACAAAUUUAUGAAAUGAUGAUUGUUAGACAUGGUUUCAUGAUAGUUGGAUUACCAUUCAGUGGUAAAACAUCAGCGUAUAAAACACUUGCUGGUGCAUUAUCAAUUAUUGAAGAAAAGGUAUAGAAAUUAGUUCUGUAUAACAAGAUACCAUAUAAUUUUUCCACAACAUAGGCAAAUUAAUAAUACUCUACUCUUUAAAUUACGUGUGUGACGAAAUUAAUAUAUAAUAGAUAUUAAUUUAUUUGGGAAGUAGAUAUUAUCUACUACCUUAUAUACUAACUUUUUAUUUAGUGAAACUACUCAUAAAUGGUUUCCUAUUUUUUUUUUAUUUAGGGAUUAAUGGAUGAACACAAGGUAGAAAUUAUAGUUAUAAACCCAAAGUCAAUAACUUUGGGUCAAUUAUAUGGCCAAUUUGAUUUGGUAACACACGAGUGGUCUGAUGGUAUAUUAGCGGUUGGAUUCAGACAAUUUGCUUCAUCAGAAAACAUGAAUAGAAAAUGGCUUUUGUUUGAUGGUCCAGUUGAUGCAAUAUGGAUUGAAAGUAUGAAUACGGUACUCGAUGAUAAUAAAAAACUUUGCUUAAUAUCUGGUGAAAUUAUUCAACUCGCCAAUACAACAAAUUUGAUAUUCGAACCUAUGGAUUUAGAUGUAGCAUCUCCAGCAACAGUAAAUAUAAAUUUCUGACUUAAAAUCUUCAUAAUGAUGUUCAUUAAAAGUAACAUCUGAAUUGUGUGUCUAAUUUAAUUAAAGGUAUCAAGAUGUGGAAUGAUUUUUAUGGAACCGGUUUCAUUAGGUUGGGAAUGUUUAGUACAGUCCUGGAUUAAUCAAUUACCGACGAGUAUAACAUCUGAAUACAAACAAAUGUUACAGUCGCUUAUCCUUAGAUUUAGUUACCCAAUAUUAUACUUUUUACGAAGAUGCAAUGUUACAGUAUGCUUAUCAAACGUGUCAUAAUAAUAUUUUUAUCUAUAUUGUAUAUUGUAUUUUAGGAAAUUUUCCCUUCCAAUAAUUCUAAUCUUAUUAGAUCUUUAACAAAUAUUUGUGAUACUUUCAUAGUUGUAUAUACAAAUAAAGAAUAUAUGAUGACCGUUUUGCAAUCUGAUAUAAGAGUUCAGCUUGAGGUAAUCUAAAACCAUAAUUAUAAUAUAAAUAAUUUAAUUAAAAUAAAAUACCUUCUUUGCUUUACUGAUAAUUUCAACUAAAUAUGUAUAAUAUAUAUAUAUUGCAGGGUAUUUUUUUCUUUUCUUGUAUUUGGUCAAUGGGAGCAACUCUUGAUGCACAAAGUCGAACCAAAUUCAAUCUUUUAUUUCGAGCACUGUUAGAAAAACGAUUCCCUGAAAACGUUGUUAAAGCUCUUAAAUUGCCUCGUGAAUUAUGUCCUUCUCCUCAAGAGCCGUAUUCCAAUUAUCCAUCAAAAAAAUAUUCAGUAUUUGAUUACAGAUUUGUUCUAGAGGAUCAAAGUAAAGGUCAAUGGAUCUUAUGGUCAAAUUAUGUAACAGAAGCACCACCAAUACCUCAUGGGAUACCUUUCAAUGAAAUUAUAGUACCAACCAUCGAUUCAAUUAGGCAUCAAGUGCUUAUGUCUACGUUAAUUACUCAUAAUAAACCGAUGAUGACUGUGGGAAAAACUGGAACUGGAAAAUCGACUUAUAUUAUGGUGAAAUAAUAUAUUAAUAUAAAAAGUACAUUUAAUAGGAUAAUUAUAACAAUUAUAAUAUAUUUCAUUUCAGAAUUAUUUAUUCACAAAACUCGAUAAAAUUAAAAAUCAAUCGUCGUUCAUUAACUUCUCAGCAAACACUUCAGCUAAUUUAACACAAGAUAUAAUUAUGAAUAAAGUUAUCAAGAGAAGACGAGGUGUCUAUGGACCACCCUUAGAUACAAAGUGCAUAAUCUUUAUUGAUGAUAUUAACAUGCCUCAAAAAGAGUAUUAUGGCGCUCAACCACCUAUUGAACUUUUACGACAAUUCUUAGAUAAUAAUCCGUGGUAUGAUCGUCAUGACCUUGUGCCCAUGUCUCUUUAUGAUGUAUUAUUAAUAUGUGCUAUGAGUCCACCGUCAACAGGAAACUCAGUUUCUCCUAGAUUUAGCCGACACUUUAAUGUCGUUGUUAUCAAUGAGUUUGAUGAAAAUACAAUGACAUCAAUAUAUAGUAAAAUAUUAUUAUGGCAUUUAGAUACGAGGUUCAAAACAUCUAAAUUCUUAAAAGAAAUAUUUACGUUAACUUGAUAAUUUUGUUUUAUAUAGAAAUUUUAGUAGCGAGUUUGAUUCUUGUAUGCGACAAAUAGUUGAUUCUACAUUGGAACUUCAUAAACGAAGCAUUAGUUAUCUACUUCCAACACCUACUAAAUCACACUAUUUAUUCAAUUUGAGAGAUUUUUCGAAAGUUAUACAGGUAGAAUAUUUUAAAUCUUACACAUUUUAAGUUACCCAUAAAAAUUAAAAAAAUUAAAUUUCACAUUUUUAAAAGGGAGUUAUGUUUUCUACUCCGAUAACAAUUGAAAACAGUAUUUCUAUGAAGCGACUCUGGAUUCACGAAAUUCUCAGAGUAUAUUAUGAUCGUUUAGUAGACGAAUUUGAUCGUUCAUGGUAUUUCGAUAACCUUAAUUCAGUUUGCAACGAGUUAUUACAUGAAAAUAUGAAUAAUAUAUUCCUUCAUUUGAUCAAUGAGCAAACUAAAACUGUAAAUUAAUAAUUCAAAUUAAUGUAUCAACUUUGUAUUGUACUAACACAAUUUUUAUUUUCAGAUUGAUCAAAAUGAAUUACGAAAAGUAAUCUAUUGCGAUUUUUCCGAUCCUAAAGCAGAAAUAAAACAAUAUACAGAAGUUCAAGAUCUAAAUAGUCUUCGAUUGGUUGUUGAGAAAUACUUGGACGAAUUUAAUAAUAUGAGCAAAAAACCAAUGCACUUAGUUUUAUUUAGAUUUGCUAUUGAACAUCUUUCAAGAAUUAGCCGAGUUCUUAAGCAACCUCGCGGAAAUGCUUUACUUAUUGGUUUGGGUGGAUCAGGCCGUCAAUCAUUAACAAGACUUGCUUCUCACAUAUCUCAAUACGAAUUGUUUCAGGUAACUAAACAAUUUUUUCGGUUAAAUUUGUCUAUACAUAUAUUUCAAUAAAAUCUUUAAAUUUAAUUAGGUAACAAUGGCGCGUAUAUAUGGAACAAAUGAAUGGCAUGAAGAUUUAAAACGUAUACUUGGUCGCGCGGUAUCAUCAUUAGAUCAACAUGUUUUAUUUCUAUUCAAUGAUUCCGAAGUAAGUUCAUUUUAUUAAAAAUUUUAAAAUGACAAAAAUUUUGAUUAUUAAUAAUAUGUACAGAUUAAAAUGGAAGCAAUGGUAGAAGACAUAAAUAAUUUGUUAAAUUCAGGUGAAAUACCAAAUUUAUAUCCAGUGGAUGAAAAAAUAGAACUGUGCGAUAAAAUUCGUAUGAUUGAUAAACAGCGCGAUAAAUCUUUACAGGUAAAUAAUUAUUUUAAAUAACGUAAACGAAAAUGCAUACAAUUCAUUAUUUUAUGUUUGUUAGACUGAUGGUAGUAUUACAGGGCUAUUCAAUUAUUUUAUUCAAAUUGUAAAAGAACAACUUCACGUUGUGUUAGCUUUUAGUCCUAUUGGAAACGAUUUUCGUACAAGAAUAAGAAAGUUUCCAUCUUUAGUUCAAUGUUGUACAAUUGAUUGGUUUCAAGUAAAAAAAUACUACUCCUAAAAUAUAUCCCCAUAAUAUUAUUUUAUUUAUUUAUUUUUACCAAGUAUAAAUGCAUUGUUUUUAUUAUUAUUUAUUUACAGAAUUGGCCAGCAGAUGCUUUAUUGGCUGUUGCAACAAAAUUCUUAAACGCAAUUACUUUAACUGAACACGAAAGAAAUGUGUGUAUAAAUAUGUGUCAAGAAUUUCAUACAUCAACACAAAGUUUAUCAGUAGAGUUCGAAAUUAGAUUACAGCGUAAAACUUACAUUACACCCACAUCAUAUUUAGAAUUAAUGUCUACAUUUCAAGACUUAUUGGAAAAAAAAAGACAGUAAGUUGGUUAAUUUUUUUUUAAAUUAUAAAAUAAAAUAAACAAUUAUUUGAAUAGGGAAAUACUUACGGCAAAACGUCGUUAUGAAGUGGGCUUAGAAAAAUUACAAAAUGCUGCCGACGAUAUAGCAAUUAUGCAAGAAGAGUUAAAAGAUUUAGCACCAAAAGUUAUAAUAGCUGCAGAAGAAGUCAAACUUAAAAUGAUCGAAGUUGAAAAAGAAAACAAAGAAGUUUUUAAAGUAAAGCAAGUUAUAGAAAAAGACGAAGAAGAUGCACAUGAAACAGCAAACAAAUCAGAAAAGAUUAAACAAGACUGUGAUUCUCAUAUGGAAGCAGCAAGGCCACUAAUAAAUGCUGCUUUAGCAGCGCUCAAUACUUUAACACCUAUGGACAUAACUUUUGUAAAAUCCAUGAAUAAUCCACCGAAAACUGUAAAAUUAGUUAUGGAAGCUGUCUGUAUUUUAAAAGAUGUGAAACCUGAGAAAAUCCCGGAUCCCACCACGGGAAAAACUAUAGACGAUUAUUGGAUGGUAUCAAAAAAGCUUCUGAACGAUAUUAAGUUUUUAGAUCACUUAAUACAUUUUGAUAAAGACAAUAUUUCACCUCCAAUAAUGAAAGUUAUCAACGAAAAAUAUUUAACCAAUCCAGACUUUGAUCCAGAAAAAGUCAAAAAAGCUUCGCUAGCUGCUGAAGGUUUAUGUAAAUGGGUGAUAGCUAUGUCAAGUUAUGAUGUCGUAGCAAAAGAAGUUUUACCAAAAAAACUUGCACUUGCCGAAGCAGAUGCAAUGUACAGUGAAGCUAUGGGUAAACUAAAAGAAAAACGAGCGCAACUUCACGAAAUCGAAGAAAAAAUGAAGGCUGUUCAAAAUGAACUUGAAAACAACGAACAAAAAAUGAAAGCGUUCCAAGAUGAAACGAAUGCUGUUGGAACUAAACUUCAGCGAGCUGGAGAAUUAAUUGGAGCAUUAGGUGGUGAAAAACACCGGUGGGAACAAACAGCAGCAUUUCUCGGAAAAUCGUAUUUAAAUCUUACAGGUUUAUAAUAUUUAAUUAUAUUAUAACAUUAUAAUAUAAUACCAUUUGCGUAACCAUUUUUCUCUAAAAUAUUAUAAUAUUGUUAUAAAACUUGCUACCUAUUUUCAGGGGAUAUACUAUUAAGUUCUGGUAUCAUUGCGUAUUUGGGUCCGUUUACAAUGGACUUUCGAAAUAAACAAAUAAAACAGUGGGCUGAUGAUAUCAUGAAUAAUAAUCUAGUGAGUGCUAAAAAUUUUCAACUAAGCACAGUAUUAGGAAAUCCAGUUGAUAUCAGAGCAUGGAAUAUAGCUGGUUUACCGACCGAUUUGUUUUCAACGGAUAACGGAAUUAUUGUUGUGUAAGUUAUUUUAUUUUUGUUACUAUACAAGAAUGGCAUAAAAGUUAGUUGUCUGAUUUACACGAUUAAAAAGAAAAGCUUUCAAAGUUAGUUAUUCUACAGUUAUUAUAAAAUUUAAAAAAGAAAAUUACAACUAAUUUUUGCUCCUCCCCGCCACGAAUAAAAUAUAAGAAAGUAUUGAAUAUAAUAGGUAUCUAAAAAGAUUACCAAACGUACUUUGUUUCAGAAAUUCAAGACGAUCGCCACUUAUGAUCGAUCCUCAAAGUCAAGCAAAUAAAUGGAUCAAAAAUAUGGAGGCGAAUAACUCACUAAGUAUUAUACGCUUUACUACACCAAAUUAUAUCAAAAUUUUAGAACGUGCUAUAAUGGAAGGACAACCAGUAAAAAAUACUUAACAACGAAUUUACGAUAAUAAUAAUCAAGACAAUAAUAAACUAUAACAGGUCUUGUUGGAAAACAUUUACGAAGAAUUAGAUCCCGUCUUGGAUCCCGUCUUACUUACUCAAGUAUUUUUAAGCGGAGGCGUAUAUUGUUUAAAAAUAGGAGAAACGAUUGUCGAGUACAAUGAUCGAUUCAGGUAAUUAAUAACAAUAUACGUACGUAUACAACGUUCUACCUACAAGUUACGUAUAAGCAGGAUUCGACAAUAAUAUUAUUUGUUUGCAUGCCAUUAAAUGUAAUAAAAGCCUUUUUAAUUUAUGUUAUACCAAAGCGAGUAUAAAUAUGAAAUUUGAAAGCAUUUUUUUUUUGUUUAUUUAAAUAUGUUUUUAAAAAUAAUUUACUCACAUAUGAUUUUUAAAUUAUUUCAUCUAUUUAUUAUUUCAUCAAUUAUUAUUUUUUAUAUGUUAAUUGUAUAUGCAUGUCAUAUCCUUUGUUUCUGGGUAAUGAAUAUGGGGCAAUACUAAUUCGUGAGUACACCUUUCAGAAGAUUUAAAAGUUCAAAUGUGAAAUUAAAAAGUGCUUUGUUGGUACAAUAGGGAUUUUAGGGAUAGAACCCAAAAGAAAUAAUACAAAUUGAUUCUACUAUAUCUAAAAGAAUAUUAUAAUUGAAAGAAAUGAAGUCUGAAAAGAAAAGAAAAACGCUUACAUAAAAAGAAGAUUUAGAUAUUAAUAAAUACAACAUAAAGUAAUUGUUCAAAAUGACCAGAAAAAUAAAAGUUGGUUUUAAGCCGUAAACAAGGAAUAUAGUUAAUGAAUGAUAGUAUUUUUAAAAACUAUUUCGAAUACCCCUUUAGUGGACAACAUGACAUGAAUUAGAUCUAAAUAUAGACUACCAAACAGAAAACAAAGUAGAUAUAGAGAUACCCCAAAAUUUAAACAAAUUGAAUAUUUAGUUAGGAGGCUUAAUAAUAUUAAUAUACCAGGAUAAAACGACAUAAUGUUAGAAUCACAAUAAAAAAAAGAGUUAAUAUUAAUAAGCAAAAUCAAAGAAUUUGACAAUAAUUUGGAAAACUGAGACCAUCUCAGAAAAAUAAAAAAUUGCAAUAGUAUGCCUAAUAUUUAAUCCUACCAAGUAGAAUCCUUAAUACUGGAUACAUAAAUACAAAAUUCUGUUAUCACUGUUAUUAGAAAUAAUAAACCCGUAUAUCGAAUUAUUAAUAUAGAUUUAGGCGAGAAAAAUCUACAACUAACCAAUGAUCAUAUAUAUUCAAACUAUAACAAGUAAUGACAAAAUAUUACGAAUUCAAAAAGGAUCUGAAUCUAGUUUUCAUGGAUUAAUAGUAAAUAUAUGAUAAUAGAGAUAGAGAGAAGCUUUAAAAAGUACUGAUUAGUAAUUAUGUAAUUAACUAAGUAAUUUUGGGAAUGUCUAAAAAAUAUGUAAACUUAAGAAAAAAAGGCUUCUAUAAAAAAACAUGCAGUGUGCACACUGUUGUGCACAAACAUGCACACUAUUCACAAGGCAUCUUAUAUUUUUUGACAUUACAUCUCGUCUAAAAAAAAAAGGGCGCCCUUUCACUCACAUUAAUUAACAUUACUGUCUAAAAAUAAUAAGGGACACUAAUAGUGAUAGAAGGAUGAUAAGUAAUAAUCAAGUUAUGUUAGGGUAUGCACAUGAUAUGUGGCAAUAAAUGAAAUCAAGCAGAAAUUUAUGAAUGCUAUAUGAAAUACGGAUAUAUGAAAGAAUAAGCAAUUAAAAGAUUAUGUAAUAGACCACAUAUGUUCUUAUUUAUUUAACGAAAACGGCUAGAAAUUUUUGGGUAUCCAAGAAGAGUGAAUGGUCCGAUAACUAAAAAUGUAUUAUUGAUCAAAAUAUAUAAAAGAAAAGGCCCUAAAAUUAAGAACGACCCAAACCCAAUGAAUUGACAUAAUUAAAGAUUAACAAAUAAUAGACCAGAAUGUAUCCUCACAGACAGGGUAUCAAAAAUAUAGAUAUUGAUGUUAGCGCUGGAUUAGCGUUAAGUUAACAAAGAAGAAAAAAAUGCUUUAAAUAGUAUUUUUUGUUUUAUUAACUAUAUAUUUUUUUAUAGUUUUAAUGAAGUUUUGUUAAUUUUAAGUACUUUAUCUAAAUUUCGAAUCCUGGUUAUAAGUUUAUACAUUUUUUUUUUUUGUAUAUUAUUUAUGUUUAAUAUUGACUAAUAUUUAGGCUUUACAUUACAACGAAGCUAAAGAAUCCUCACUACUUACCAGAUAUAGCAGUUAAAGUAGUUCUACUAAACUUUGUAAUCACACCAAUCGGGUUCGAAGAUCAAUUAUUAGGUGUCGUCGUUGCUAAAGAUCGCCCCGAUUUGGAAGCGGAAAAGAAUAGACUUAUAAUACAAGGAGCUGAAAAUGCUAGGUUAUACGACAAUCUUAAUAAUUACUAAUAUUUUAUAUCUUUGUUCACAGGGAAUGACUUCAGUUAUUUGGUGUUAGAAUUUUUUUUUUAUAUAAUUUUAUUUUAUUUAAUUAAAUUAUUUUUAUUUUAUCGCCUAAAUGGCAUAAGUGUGCAAUUUAAAAAUUAAUGUAUGUAGUGCAUUACCUAUUUUAUGUUUUUAAAAAUUUAAUUUUCUUGUAUUGAAAAUAAUACAAAAUUUAAUUAAUCCCUUGUUCUCUGGGAUCAAAAAAAAAUGUUUCGGAAAAAGGACGAGUAUCGAUGAAUCAUUUAGUCAUAUUUUAGAUUUGCAGCAUAGCGAGCAGUGACAAGAAACCAACCGAAAAGAACCGGUUCUAGAACCCGAAAACCAUUAAAAUAUUGGGAACUGAUACAAUGAUAAAUUAUUGUUUUUUCCUCAGUUGCUUAUGCUUAAUUUAUCGGCUAAAAUUUUUACACCGCAGAUUAAAAUACGACUGAUUUGAUAAACUAUUUUUAUUUUUGUUUAGAGCUGUUUAUUUCUUGAAAAAUCAUGAUAAGUAAUAUUAUGACUUAUGAGUUCUAUUUUUGUAUAUUAAAGUUAAGAUAAACAUAAUCUAUAGAUAUUUAUAAAUUACAACAAUACAUUAUUAUUUUUAAAGCGGUUUUCAUAAUAUCUGGGAAAACCUGGAUAAAAUGUCAGAAAAACGGAAAAUGUAGAUAUUAGUAAAAAAAAUAUAAUGUUUUUUUUUUCUGUAUACAACUUUUCUACCAGCAAUUUCACUCUGAUUUACAAUGAUCGCGGUUUUUCUUAAAGGAAAUCUAACUGGAGAAGUACUUUAGGGAGGUUAUUUUUCGAUUUUCCCAAGUUUUCCCAAAAAAUGUGAAAAACCUAGGAAAAAAUGGGAAAACCGGGAAAAAUGCAGGAAAAUAUAGAAAAUCGGUACAAUAUUAUUAACAAAUAUAAUAGAGAAAAUAAUGCCUAUUUAUUUAAUUAUUUUACUAUAAUAUGACAUGUUAUAUCGAUAUAUUGUUGACAAAGCAUUACUAUCAACUGAACUGCGCUCAGUAUCGUUUUUUUUUUGUUAUCGAAUGUUUAUCAUUGCUUACAGAUAUACAUUAAAUUCCUUUCGGUGCCCUACCUUCCCACUCCCACCUACAACAGUGGCUGCACCCGCAUACGAAGUAUAUCCGUCUUUUUAUGUAUGAUAAAUAUUAUUUUAAUAUUUUAAUGUACCUAUGUAGAACAUUUAAAAACCUACUGGUUUUACUAGAACCCUAACUUAAACUCUAAAAUCAAUUUUCUAAAACUGAAACCGGAACCAGAACUUCUUAAAAAACUAAGUACGGGAACCGUGAAAACCAGAAGGUACCAGUCCCUGAUAGCGAGGAAUAUAUUGACUUUACAUCGAUCUUUGAACAACUUUUCCACCAGAAACCUUGCUCCAAUUUUCAAUUGUUAUAUUUUUUCUGAAAGAAAUUAUAUCUGUGUUAUACUUUAUAAAUACGUCAUUUUUUAAUUUAGUAUUUUAAGUAGUUUUCAUAAUGAUAGAAAUAAGGGAAAAUUUCCGUGCAAGUAUAAAAUUUUCUGGAAUUGCCCAUUUCACGGCCCGCUAGCCUGGUGAGUGCUCACUUUUCUGUAGUCUUCUUCAUGACCAUCAGCUCCUGAUUAUUAUGUAUUGGUAGUAGAUUUUCUAGGUAAGCAGCUGCGAAUGCUGCAUUUCUUCACAUUUUUUUAAACAAAUUUCAUUACUACAAAAAUUAAACAACAAAACAUUAUUAUUGGUUGUGGCUCGUCACUUGUAUUUUCUUGUUUUUAUUCUUCAUCCAACAAUUGACCUUUGAAAAAUUAAAUUGUCAAUGUUAAUUGAAAGUGUCUCUAUGUCAGUAACCCAAUUUUUAAAUAUUCCCGAGAUUGUUAACAAAAAAAUGGCAAACAGUAUCUUCUUCAAACAGUAUUUCCAAUUUCACUCCAGCUGAUUUUAAUUUAUUUUCUUAUGCUAUUUUCAAACUUAAGUUUAAGUAAGUCUUCUUAAAUAGAGUUGAUUAAUAACAUCUUUAUAUUCAAUAGUCUGAUCUAACGAGUUUUAGAUUUCCUUCUUAGUUUCUUUAUCAAUUGCCACAUUCUCCAAAUAGCUGUCAGCGACGCAUUAUACAAUUAAAGACUUGCAUUUUCUGUAAUUUUUUCGCCAUUUUAUGAACUCUUCUUUUUGAGUUGCACCAAGUUUUAUAUUUGUGAAUUCAACUCUUACUCUAAAUUUUUCAAGGACUGUUGAUUCUACUUUAAAUUUCCAAUUUGAAAAAUUAGUACAGGUAAACUGUGUAAUCCCAUGAUUUUCAUCUGUUCUCUUCAUCAUGUUUGGACCUAUAACCUGUUGUUGUUUCUACAUAAUAUCGUAAAGAACUACUAAAAAAACCAGCAUUUAAUCUGAAAAUAACAAUUUAAUAAAGUGAACUUUGCUUGAAUUUGUGUAACUUAUGCACAUUUAACAAAACAUUAAAAGGUUUUCAGAACAUUUUACUUAUUACAGAUUACAUUUAGGUAAGGUAAGGUAGAUAGUCAGAAAACACUAUUGAAUGAUAAAAUACAAGAAUCAGUAAUAUGUUUAUACAUUAGAUUAUUGACAGCAGUAAGACUCGUCAUGUUAGAAUAUAAUAUAUGAAAAUUAACAUAGAAUCUUAACCUAACCUAACCUUUACUGAUUAAUCCUAGAUUCACCGGUAUUUGUAUUUUUACCAUAUCAUAUACAAACUUUAAAUACGUAUUAUGAUAGUUAACUCUUAUAUUUUUAGAUCAUUAAAAGAUAUUGAAGAUAAAAUUUUGCAAGUGCUAAGUUCCUCUGAGGGUAAUAUACUAGAUGACGAAGGAGCAGUGAAUAUAUUAAGUUCAUCGAAAAUCCUGGCCAACGAAAUUGGAGUUAAACAAGCAGAGGCCAAAACUACAGAAGAGACAAUUGAUAAAACUAGACGUCAAUACCAAGUAGUUGCCGCUUAUUCAACAAUACUAUUUUUCAUAAUUGACUCGUUGACAAACAUUGAUCCCAUGUAUCAAUAUUCAUUAACAUGGUUUAUAAAUUUAUUCGUUUCGGCCAUAGAAAAAAGUGCUAAAUCCGAAAUAAUUGAAGAACGUACGGAAUCGCUAAUUAAGUAUUUCACUUAUUCUUUGUAUAUCAAUAUUUGCAGAAGUUUAUUCGAGAAAGUAAUUAUUACAAAUUAUUAUUAUUUUAAAUACUCGAAUAUAUUUUAAUGAACGAUUGGUAUGAUUUGUGUAGGAUAAAUUAUUGUUUUCAUUAAUCAUGGCCGUCAAAUUAUCUACAGAUAUCAAUCAAGAAGAAUGGCAAUUUUUUUUGACAGGUGGAAUAAACUUAGAUAAUCCUUUAAAAAAUAAGAUUAGUUGGAUGCAAGAUAAAAGCUGGGAUGAACUCUGCAGACUCAGAAAUCUACCAAAAUUCAAAGUGAGUAUAAUUUAUUUUUUAGUACCUAUUUAUUAGUACGUUUCUUGAGUCAAAAAACGUAUCAUUCACGGUGGUUUAUUUGAAAAUAAAGACAUUCCGAUUUUCCACAUCAACACCUAUCACUUCGAGGCCAUUGUUUUAUGUAUGUUAAAUCUCGGCCAAAUUUGGACAAAACUUUAAAACUAAUGCAUUAAUAUAACUAGUGUGUAUAAAGAAUAAAAUCACAAUACUUAUCUCAUAUAACUUUUAAAACUUAAAUGAAAAGAUUAAGUAAAAUUAUCUGAAAUACCAAAACGGAAGAAAUGUGUUUUUUCAUUAAAAUACGGAAAAUAAUGGGUAUAUUCCUCGAAAACGGCAUUAAAGAAGACAAGUUUGUAUAGAAAAUGACCCAUUUAAGUGGGUACACUCAUUAUUCCGGAAUAUAUUAAAUUUUUUCGGAAUUUCUUUUCUAGAAUAUUUAAGGAACAAGUAGCUCUAUAAUUUUAUAUUUAUGUUAUUUUUUGUUACUCUUAAUUUUGGUGGUAAAAUAACUGCUUACUUUUGAAUAUUAGUUAAAAAUAUAUUUUAGUGUUGACAUUUUUGGUUUUCAUCGAGCUAUUGACGAGAUAUUCCACUUUUAAGUUUGGGUUGGAAGAGAGUAGAAAGUACUAUCGGAUUUCCCAAACACCUAACAUUGGAAGUUUCAUUGAAAUUAGAACUUUAAAUCCUAGGAUUUAAAAACAACCACUUUUAUUUGUAUUAAUUACUUACCAUAGUUUUAUUAUAUUCUUUUAUAUUUUAUUAUGUACUAAAUGUAAAUUUUAAUAAUAUUUGUUUAUCACAGUUAGAUUAUAUUCCAUGUUGUAAUUUCAAUUUUUCAUUUUAACUUUAUGUAUCAUGAUAUACAAACUAUGUAGUGCUUUUACAUGCCCUACUAUAAAUAAAUAAAUAUAGUACCCAUUUAAAUGGAUAACGUUGUAUGUAGGCGACGUGUUCUCGUCAUUACUAUUCGCAACAGACGAUAAAAAAUUUGUCGUACAUCAAAAAAUCGAACGCAUUUUCAUAGGUCGUUAGAAAAUGAUCGCGGACCGAUAACCCCUUUUUAUCGAUAAUCUAUUUAGAUCAUUUAUUUUUUAAUUAGAAAUAACAAUCAUUAAAUCUAUUAGUAAAUGUUUAAACUAAUUUAUGUUGAAUGUCAAAAAAACCUAAAAAAUAUGAUAUACGAUUAAGUAAAGGUUACAAUUUAUUUUAGAUUCUGAGUGGAACGAAGAAAAUUAUGGUUUUACAAAGAUGUUUAUUUUUUUUUUUAUCUGUUUGCAACUUUUCUACUAGGAGAUUUGCUCGGAUUUCUACGUUUAGUACUUUUUCUGAAAAGAAAUCGGCAGGGGAAGGUACUUUAGAGAGAUAAUUUUUCGAUUUUCUUAGGAGUUUUUAAAUCAAAUUUGAAAAACCGAAAAAAACUGGGAAUAUAUAAGAAAUGUAGGUAUUAGUGAAAAAAUAUUUCUUCCUUCUUUUCUUAUGUACAUAAUUUUUCUACCAGCAAUUUUGCUCCAACUUUUAAUGAUAGCAAUUUUUCUAAAAGACAAUUUUGCUUGGUAGGUACUUUAGAGAGGUCAUUUUUCGAUUUUCCCAAGAGUUUUCUCAUCAAAUGUAAAAACCUGGAUAAAACAUGAAAACCAGAAAAAACGAAGAAAAACUGGGAAAAUCGGUACAACAUCAAAAAUAUAUUAUUAAAGAAAAUAUAUAAAAACUAUUUAAUUAUUUUACUAAAAAUGACAUAUAUAUUAUUAACAAAGCGUCACUAUCAACUGUACUCCACUCAGAAUCGUUUUUUCGUAAGCAAUGGUUUAUUGUUGCUUUCUGGUAUAUAUUUAAUUAUAACAGUGGCUGCAUCCGUCCCCACUAUUCUAGGACAUAUUUUUUUAAAAGUUCAUUUAAAAAAUUAAAGUAAUAGUAUAUUAAAAGUACUUAUUAAUAUUUGAAUAAAAAUUAAACAUAAUGAUUAAUAAUUAAUAUUACCUUAUCAUCGUAUUAGAUAAAUUAAUUUAAUCUACAACGUUUAAAUUAAAGGGUGUAAGAGUUGAUUUGGAGAACAACGAAAGUGAAUGGAAAGAAAUUUACGAUUCACCUACACCAUAUUUUACUGCAUUUCCAGAACCUUGGGAUAAAAAAUUGAAUUAUUUUCAAAAAUGUCUUUUGAUACGAAUCAUUAGAUACGACAAAAUAUUACCAGCAGUUAAGCACUUUAUAGCAAGUAUGAAGAGUUUUACUUCGUUUUUUUUAUUUUGCUAAAUAUGUUGGUAAAAUUGUUUUCAUAGACGAGUCGAUUUUGGAAAAGAAAUUUAUUGAACCUCCGCCGUUUGAUUUAGGAGCAUCUUUUGCAAGUUCAAAUUGUGCAUCUCCUUUAGUAUUUAUAUUAACCCCGGGUGCUGAUCCUACUGCAGUACUAUUAGAAUUUACCGAAAAAAUGGUAAAUUAAUUUCAAUAAUAUACAUUUUACUGAUUAUUUAAUGAAACAUUAGUAAAUCACUGAACGAUUAACCUACUUAACAACUAAACGUGGUUAAUUUUAUUUCAAGGGUUUUGGUGCUCGUUUAACAGCAUUGUCUUUAGGUCAAGGUCAAGGUCCGAUAGCUUCUCAAUUAAUCGAAGAUGGAAAGAAUUCGGGAAACUGGGUACUGUUGCAAAAUUGCCAUUUAGCCAAAAGUUGGAUGCCUGAACUCGAAAAAGUAGACCUAUUCUUAUAUAAUAACAAAAUUAAUCUCAAUAAAUAUAAUAUAUCAACUAUAAUUUAAUCUUAACAUUUAUUUUUAAACUAUUUAUUUAAUUUAAAAUAUGCACAACAUUAAUCAUUAUGAUAUGGAUAUUAUUGUAUAUUUAGAUAUGUGAACAAUUUUCGGUAGAAUUUACUAAUUCUGAGUUUAGACUUUGGUUAACGUCUUAUCCUGUAGAAUAUUUUCCCGUCUCCGUACUUCAAAAUAGUGUUAAGAUGACUAACGAACCACCAAAAGGACUCCGUGCUAAUAUAAUAAAGUACCUAUAAUAUUAUUACAUCGAUAUGUUUACAUAGUUGUUUUAUAUUUAAUAUCUAAAUAUUUUUUUUUCUUAUAGAUCAUAUACAAGCGAUCCUAUUGGGAAUGAAGAAUUUUUCGAAGGUUGUAGUAACCAAAGUAGCAACUUUAAGAAAAUGAUUUUCGGUUUGUGCUUCUUUCACGGUUUAAUUCAAGAACGUCGUAAUUACGGUCCGAUUGGAUGGAACCGAUUAUACGAAUUCAACGAUUCUGACCUCAGAAUCAGUGUUGUACAAUUACAGAACUUUCUAAACGAAUAUCCGGAUGUUCAAUUCGAAGCUCUACGAUAUCUCACAGGCGAAUGCAAUUAUGGUGGGCGCGUAACGGACGAUUGGGAUCGCCGUUUGUUGAACACGUGUCUUAACAAAUUUUACACGAAAGCUAUUAUUAAAAUAAACGAUUUUAAAUUCGAUAAAGCUGGUAAGAAAAAACCAUAUAACGGAUGAUUAUACAUUUGUAAUGCUAUAUAAACACGGCUUUGUGUAAUCCGAUAGGGAUUUAUUACUGUCCUGAUUUGAAAGAACACAUUGAAUUCGUAGAGCACAUUCAAAAAUUGCCAGCGGUUACACAACCUGAAACUUUUGGAUUGCAUGAGAACGCUGAUCUCAUCAAAGAGUACCAAGAAAGUGAAUUACUCCUCACUUCAAUUCUCAAUACACAAGUAAUUUUGAAUUAAUAGCGAUUUUAUAGUUAUACGAAUAACGUUAUUUAAUAAUGAAGUAAUUAUAUGUCGUGUUAAUGUAACAAUUUUAUUUUUGUUUAAAAUUUAAAUAACUUAAAUAGUUCAACGCGGAACCAUGUUGAUAGUAAAAACAUAUAAUACUACUACGUAUUUAAAUAUUUGCGAAAACCCUUUAGUCAAUACUAUUUUUACUAACACAAACACCAUUUAAAUUUAAAGAUUUAAUUUGUCGAAUUACUCUAUACUUUCAAUUUUAGAAUUCAACGGUAACAAAUACAGGAGGAAUAUCAGCUGAAGAAAUGGUUAUAACAUUUGCAGCGGACGUGCUCGGUAAAUUGCCGAAACAUUUUGACACUAUUCUCGCUCUUGAAAAAUUUCCGACGACCUAUCACCAGUCGAUGAACACAGUUCUUGUACAAGAAAUGGGUCGGUUCAAUAGAUUAUUGACCGUUAUCAAAUCUUCUCUGACCAACAUACAGAGAGCCAUAAAAGGUCAGAAACUAAUAUAUUAGGAUUUACUCUAAUAAUUAAUUUAAGCAGGGACCUCUAUACAUAAUUUGUUUUUUCUGUCUUACGCAUAAUAAAGAAAAAAAUGUUGGUAUUCUGCAAUUCAAUGAUUAUGUUAUCACUUCCCGGUUGAGUUUAGAGCAAAGAGACCUAUUAAAGGUUUUAUUAAAAUUAUUUAUAAUGCUUUGAUCAAAUUAUUAUUUUUUUAAUAUUUUUAUUUCUAUGUUCGAUAAAUGCAUGUUUUAAUUCAAUUUAAUUUCUUUUAAUUUUAACGAUUAAUAACUUAUAAAAAAAUAAAAAUAUUAACAUAAUUAUUCGAUAGAGGUAUAAGUCAAAACUCUUUCUUUUUUCUAUUUGCCCUAAACUCAACUAGAUGGUCGAAAUUUUUAAGAUGCGGAUACCUAUAUUACGCACAAGACAAAUACUAAUACAACUCGAUAUUUUACUAUUCCGAAAAUUGUUGUUUUAGAUUCUGUGUGUAACGAGGAAUGGAUUGGUUUUAUAGAGAUGUAUAUAUAUAUAUUUUUGUUUUUUUUUAUAUUGUAUACAAAAAUUCUACCAGAAAUCAUGCUCCGAUAUUUAGCGCGACACUAUUUCUAAAAGGAAAUAUUGUCCAAAUAGUAAUAAUAGUACUCUGAGAGGUCACAUUUUUAAUUUACCAAACGGUUUUCAUAAAAUCUAGGAAAACUAGAAUAAAAUGUCGUAAAAAGGAAAAUGUACUAAAUAUAGGUAUUAUUAAAGACAUAUUAUGGCUUUUUAUUCUAAACAUAACUUUUCUACCAGCAAUUUUGCUCAAAUUUACAAUGAUAGCACAUUUUCUCGUAGGUUAGGUUAAAAAAGUAUAUGCAUAAGCAUAAGUUCAGGUAAGAUAAUAGGAACGGGUGCAGCCACUUGUGUAAAUGGGAAGUUGAAAAGGUAGGAUACAGACAGUAAUUUUAUGUAUCUAUAAGGAACGAUAAACCAUUACUUGUCGAUAGUGAUGCAUUGUCAACAUAAAACGCUAUAUUAUAGUAAAAUAAUUAAAUAGGCUCUAUAUAUCUUCUUUAGAAAUAUUUCUUUAAUUUUGUACCGAUUUCCUCGGUUUUUCUAUGUUUUUCCAGGUUUUCUUAUAUUUUUGCUCAGUUUUUCACAUUUGCUGAAAAACUCUGGAGAAAAUCUAAAAACGACCUCUCUAAAAUACCUAGUGAAAUUUCCUUUUAGAAAUAUUACUGUCAUUAAAAAUUGGAGCAAAAUUGUUGGUAGAAAAAUUGUCCACAGGAAAAAAAAAGGCUGUAAUAUUUUUAACUAAUACCUACAUUUCUUACAUUUUCCCGUGUUUUUUUCUUUUAGAUUUUCUAUAAUUGUUUAGAAAACUCUGGAAAUAUCGAAAAAUGACCUUUUUAAAGUACCUCUUCAGUGAAAUUUCUUUUUAGAAAACUGCAAUUUUAAUUCUGUCCACAAAAUAAAAAAAAAACAUUUUUGUAAAACCAUAACCAAAGAAUUCCACUCAGAAUCUAAAAGCCGUCCUAGGAUAAUGGAGACGGGUUCAGCCACUGUUAUAGGUGGUUUAAUGUAUAUCUGUAAAUAACGAAGAACCAUUGCUAACGAAAUAACGAUUCUGAGCGCAGAUCAGUUUAUAGUGAUGCUAUGUCAACAAUAAAUAUGUCACAUUAUGGUAAAAUAAUUAAAUAGGCAUUCUAUAUUUUCUUUAAUAAUAUUUAUUUAAUAUUGUAUCGAUUUUCCUAUUUUUCCUGCAUUUUCCCCGAUUUUCCAAUGUUUUAUUCUGGUUUUUCACAUUUACUAGGAAAACUCUUGGUAAAACCGAAAAAUGACCUACCUAAAGUACUUUCCCAGACAUAUUUUCUUUCGGAAAAAGUGCUAUCAUUGUAAAUCAGAGCAUAAUUACCGAUAAAAAAUUUUUUCACUGGAAAAAUGAAGGCCAACAUAUUUUUUAACUAAUAUCUACAUUUCGUACAUUUUCCAGUUUUUCACAUUUGUUGAUAAAACUCCUAGAAAAAUUAAAAAAUUAACUUAUAUUACCAUAGAGAUGAAAUUUACUUUUAGAAAAUAAGGUACAUUCGAUAUAUCGGAGCAAAAUUUCUGGUAGAAAAGUUUGCACAACAAAUUAAGGGGUAUUUUUCAGUUAAAAUAAUCCGAAAAAGCGACAGCUGGGUCUUUAGGUACACUUUAAAUGCGUUUGUUUUUUUUCUCUAUUUAGGUAAAAGGGAAAAAAUAAGUGCAAUACAAUUUUUUUCGAAACACGGGUUGGAACUCGUGAACCCUAAGAUAAAAGUAGGUAUUUAUGUUCUGCUACGACAAACAUACUCAAAACAAUACGCAUUUAGUUUUUUAAUACAACAUAUCAUAGUAUCCGCAUAAUAUCAGAACUUCAAAAAGCUAUAAUUUCGAAAAUUAGUCAUACCACCUAAUUCUGACUUCACCAUCUUUCUUAAAUCGAAAAUAUACAUAUGUUCAAAAAAAAAAAUAUUGAAAAAUAGAUUUGUUCAACAUAAUUUUUUACUUAAACAAUUUUCGUCAAAAUUUGAUAUUAAAAUUCUCUUAUAAAAAAAAAAAUUCAUUAAACUCAAUGUUUUUAUUUUUUUUUUACCACAAAGUAAGACUCAUACUGAACAUCCCGUUAAAUUCUCAAGCAUUUCUGUUGAGUUUAACAAUUUUACCACAUAGUACAUACGGUAUAAAAAUUACGUAUAAAACUCGCAAAAUUUAAAUUUCUAUAAAUAGCUCAAAAAUGGCUUAGAUUAUUACUCACUAACACUAGUGUAUUAAAGAGUUCUUUAGAAAGGUUAUUCUUAGUUUUUCCCAAGAAUUUCCCUAGGAAAUAAGAAAAUCUAAAAAAAAAAAACUGAGGAUAAAUCGGUAAAAUAUAAGAAAUGUAGGUAUUAGUUAAACAUAUUACAAUUUUUUUUCUGUGCAGAACUCUUUUAUCAGCAAUUUGGCUCCAAUUGAUAAUGAUAAAAAUGUUUAUAAAAGGAAAUUUGAUUUUGAAAGUAAUAUAAAGAGAUAAUUUUUGGAUUUUCACAAGAGUUUGCAGACAAACGUGAAAUCUUGGAAUAAGACAUGGAAAACUGGAAAAAUCGAUACAACAAAUAUUAUUAAAGAAAAUAUAAAAAGCCAAUUUAAUUAUUUUACUAUAAUAUGAUAUACAUAUUGUUGAUAGAGCAUCACUAUCAACUGAACUCAGCUCAAAAUCGAUUUUUCGUAUGUAAUGGUUUAUCGCUGCUUACAGGUACACAUUGAAUUUCCUAUAACAAUGACUGCACCUGUUCCUAUUAUCCUAGGACGUCUUUUUAUUGUUUAAAAUUCAGAUUAUAGCUAUUAGGUACCUAAUCGUAAUUAAAUUAUAUUUAUUUAAAUAAUUUAAGAUAAUAUAAGAUAAGUGCAAACGACAUACUACGUAUAUAAUCUUGUUUUAACUUAUAUGUUUAUUGUAGUAUAGAUUGUAUAAGUAUAGUAUAAGUUGUUUUUCUGAUAAUCAACUUAUUAAGAAUGUAAUUUAUGUGUAUUUUAGUUUAACAUAAAAUAAAUAAUCAAUAUUGAAAUUAAUUUAAAAUAUGUUUUUAAUUCUAUUAUAAAUUUGAAUAAGUAAGUAUGUCAUAAUUUAAAAAUCGAGUAGGAAGUAUGAAAAUUCUUGAUUUUGUGCAUAUGCUAUAUGAGUGGAUUUUAAUUUUCACUAUAGGUUUUGCAUCCCUUAAAAACAUAUGAAAUAACGCUCCUAGAAAUUAUUUAAAAUAAUCUGAAACUUGUAUAACAAUAUUAUAUGUUUAAUAGGUAAGCUUGUAUACGCUAUACGAAUUAUAUAUUUUUCAUUUAGGUUUAAUUCUAAUGUCUAACGAACUGGAAGAAGUGUACACCAGUAUUAUAAUUGGCAAAAUCCCAAUGGUGUGGGCUAAUAGUUCGUAUCCAUCACUGAAGCCAUUGGGAAGCUAUAUAAAAGAUUUCAUACAACGUCUGGCGUUCUUACAGGCGAGUCAAUUUUAUGAUAUUAAAAUAAUAAUUGUACAUUAAUUAAAAUUAACAUCAUCCUCUAAUUUUCUAUAAUUCUUUUUUUAGAUUCGGAGUGUAGAAAGGAAUGUAUUAUUUUUAUAUUGAUAUCAUCAAAAAAAAAAAACAAUAUAUGCGUUUAUUAAAUUUUUAUUAUUACAAUUAAAACAUUACAAUUAGAUAUUAUUAUAAUACAUUAGUCUUUUUCAUUAAAUAUAAAUUUCAAUCUCCGUGGACAUUCUCUACCAAAUUGUGUCAGUGCAUUUUCAAUAAAUUUUUCUUUAUCUGAGUUUACUUUUUCUCUAUGAACACUCAACAUGCAUAUUCCACUCAAUCUAUCAUCACCCAUCGUUGAUCGUAACCAUGUCUUAACACGCCUUAAUGUACUAAAAGAACGUUCUGCUGUACAGUUUGUAGCCGGAAGAGACAAAAAUAUUNAAAUUGUGUCAGUGCAUUUUCAAUAAAUUUUUCUUUAUCUGAAUUUACUUUUUCUCUAUGAACACUCAACAUGCAUAUUCCACUCAGUCUAUCAUCAUCCAUCGUUGAUCGUAACCAUGUCUUAACACGCCUUAGUGUACUAAAAGAACGUUCUGCUGUACAGCUUGUAGCCGGAAGAGACAAAAAUAUUUCCAAAGCAACAGCUAUACUUGGAAACUACAUUUUCAACUUGUUCAGUAAAACUGCCACCUUUACUCAAGUCAGUAAUAUAAACUGCACUUGUGGAAUUAGUCUCUAUAGUCAGACUUUUUGUUUUAUCUAACGAUCCAUUAAGACUAUCGUUUAAUUUAGGUUUCUUAAAAAAGUUCCGUAUGUCCAUAAUUAAUGUUAUAAAAAGAUUUUACCNAUAUAUGGUAUAAAAAUUGAUACUCGGUAAUAAUCUUCACAACUCUCAGUUUCAUAGUUCGCUUUUAGUGACUGUUUUUUUACUGUUCUCGGACAUGUAAUAACAAUAUCUAAAUCAAUGGCGAUCGCUUUGUUAUAUAACGUUUGGAAAAUGUUAUCAGCGUCAUUUCGAUGAUUAUCCAACAAUACUAGUAAUGAACUAAUAUGCUCGCUGACUUUAUACAGAUCUACUGACACACCUUGUAAUAUAUUUGUCAGAGGUUCUAAAAUAGCACUGUACUUCGCCAUAGUUAUCAUAGAAAUUAAGAAUGAUGAACUUGAGGCUGCAGAAUAUAAGUAAUGAGCUCGUUGCCUCGUAUUGGAAUUUGAAUGUACUUCAUUAUUUGAUUAUGAUUUUAAACUUGUCAUUAUUGAAAUAAAAUGUUCUGAAAAUAUUCUUACACUUUUAUAUUUAGACGACAAGCGUGUUUCACAAAAUAGUGGUAUGUUAGGUAUGAGUUUUCGUCUAAGCAUACUUUCGCGGAAACAUCUUAUUAUAUCUUUUAUAGUUCCAGUAGUAUUACGAAUAAUCAUUAUUUUAUUUAAAUCAUUUAUAACUAAAUUUAACCUGUGAUUAGAACAAUGAAAAAAUAACGCUUUGGUGUAUUUAUCACGAAUUAAUUUACUAACACCGCCUUCUUGUCCGGCCAUUGUAGCACAACCAUCAUAUCCUUGCCCAUAUAGUUUGUUUAAAUUUAAACCACAGUCAGUCAUAAAUGAUAUAAUGUUUGUAGCUACGGAUUGAGCAUUUAAUUUUUCUAAUGGAGUAAAUCCUAAAAAUUCUUCUCUAAUUUUUGGUGGAUUUGAGUGUUUGUCUAAAAAUCGAAUUCCUAUUGACAAUUGUUCUGUUCCAGAAAUAUCUGCAGUUUCGUCAGCAAUAACAGAAAAAGCAUUAGCCGCGUUAGCUAAAUUAACUAUAUCAUUUUUAAUUAACUUUCCGCAUAUAGAAAUAAUUUCAUUUUGAAUUCGAGGUGAUGUAUAUUUGGCAUUUCCCGCAUUCUCCGAUACAUGUUUUUGUAAUAAUUCAUCACCCGAUUCAAUCCGAAAAAGUAAAAGAUCGUUAAAUAUGCCUGAAGUUGAUGUUUUUCCCCGUAGAGAAAGAUCAUGAGUUGCACAAAACAAAAUGCUUGAAAUUAUUGGUUUUAAUUUUUGUCUAUUAUAUUCUAUUUGUUUUCGUAACCCUGAAUUUGUCUGUUCUAAAAUAUUUCAUUUGUUACCCUUCAUAACAUUUAAAAAAUCAUUUGCUCGUGUUGUAGACUCAAGAUGCCAUUGUGAAGAUAGAUGUGAUCGACAACAAGCAUGGAAAUUUUUAUAUUUUGUAAAUGGUUUUUUUUAUAAACCCUCCUUGUAUAUCUCUGUGAACAUUUGGCUUAAAUAAUACACAUACUCGACAAAAAGCUCCUUUUACACCUCCAAUAGCCGAAGAUGAUAGCCACGUAUUAUUCUCUUCCAACCAUAUGUGUCUAAAUGGACGAUCAUUUUCCGAUUUUAGAUCAUUUUUAAAAUUAUAUGAAAUAGAUGGUACCCAUGGAUUACAUAAAAUAUCAAACUUUAAAGAAUCGUCAAUAUUUACAUUUGCCAAAUAGUGUCCUAUCAUUUUUAUAAUAAGCCACUUCCUUGUCAUAAACAUUUUCAACUUGUUUAGUAAAACUGCCACCUUUACUCAAGUCAGUAAUAUCAACUGCACUUGCCCAUGCCUCGUCGGUUGUUUACCUAUUUACGGAAGUGGCGUUUACGAUCGAUGGUGGCCUGGGGUUGGUGGGGCUUGAGCAAGCCUGUCGGUCAAAUGGUUGCGACGAACAUACAUAUGAUUAUUUAUAUAGGUAUUGGUGGUAGUUAGUCUUGUUGAAAGUAAUUUUGAUAGUAAGUUAUAAUUAAUUUGUUCUUCAACAGUCCGUGAUAAUAAUUUUUUUUGAAAAUUAUCAAAAUCAUAUGUAAUGCUAGUAAUCAACUGUUUGUUUUACAUUCUGAAUGUAGCGAAGAAUGUAUUGGUAAGAUGUUUAUUUUUCUUUCUUUUAUCCUGUGUACCAAAGUUUUACCAAAAAUCUUACUCAGAUAAAUACGCACCGCACUAUUUCUGAAAGGGAAUGUUGUCCAAAAGGUAUUUUUAGGAAGCCAUUUUUUGGUCUUCUAAGCGAUUUUCGUAAUAUCUGGGAAAAACCAGGAUAAAACGUAAGAAAAACUGGAAUUUACGAAAAUGAUGCUUUUAUUAUUUAUCGAUUUUGUUAUUUUUUGUAAUUCAUUUAAAAGUAUUCGUAAAAACUUAAAAUUUGGACAGAAAACUUAUAUUUGUCUUUUCUAGACGUAGUAAAAUUUUCAAUACAUUUGGGCCAUUUAUAGGCUUUUUAUAAAAAUUGUAAUACUAUUGUUAAAAUUCAGUUAAAAAUAUUCGUAUCGAUUUUACGGAUUUAAAAUUUGGAAAAAAACCUUACAUUUACUUUUUCUAGACGUGGUAAAGUUUUCAAAAAAUGUAAGCUUAUAAAUUAUUUAUGGACAUUUUAAUUUUGCGAGUUUUAUACGUAAUUUUUAUUCGGUAUGUACUAUGUGGUAAAAUUGUUAGACUUAACAGAAAUGCUUGACAAUUUAAUAAGAAGUUCAGUAAAAUUCUUACUUUGUGGUCAAAAAAAAAAAAAAAACAUUGAGUUUAAUGUAGUAUUUUUUUUACAAAGGAAUUUUAAUAUCAAAUUUUGAUGAAAAUUGUUUGAGUAAAAAAUUAUGUGGAACAAAUUUAAUUUUUUGUUUUGAACAUAUGUAUAUUUCCGGUUUAAGAACUAUGGUAAUGUCAGAAUUAAGUGGACUGACUAAGGAAUGGAAUUAUAGCUUUUUGAAGUUCUGAUAUUAUGCGGAUAUUAUAUAUUGUGUUAAAUAACUCUGUACUUUCUUUUUUAAAUAAUGUUUGUCGUAGUCCAAUGGUUAUACACUCUCUUUGUCAUCCUAGGGUUUAUAUACCCAUUGUCAAAUACGGGUUUUUUCCCAAUUAUUAUGAAAACCCCUUGAAAAACCAAAAAAUUACUUCACUCAUGUACAAAUAAAAGAAAAUUAUAUGUCAGGAAAAGUACUAUAAUCUAUAACAUUGGAGCAAGAUUUCUGAUAGAAAAUUGACUAUAGAUAGAAAAAAAAAUACACAUAAUAAAACCAAUACAUCCCUCUUUUUUUUUUUUAACAUUCAAGCGAUAAUAUUAUAAAUAACAAUGACAAAAUAUUUAAAAAUGUCUAAUUAUAUUUAAACUUGUCAUUAUUUUUGUUUAGAAAUGGUACAUUAAGGGCAUUCCAAAUUCGUUUUGGAUUUCCGGAUUUUAUUUUACACAAGCGUUUCUAACUGGAUUUCAACAAAAUUUUGCAAGAAAGUUUAAAAUUCCCAUAGAUAUGUUAACAUUCGAUUAUAAGGUAUAUAGUAUACUUUUUAAAAAAUUUAUAAUCGCCAAUUGGGUUGUGUGAUAUUUUUGCAAAAAUAAAAUAUAUGUGCAUAUUAUUAUAAUGCUAUAAUUUCAUACCACGCAUACGUUAUUAGUCAUAAAUUUGUUUUUUUUUUUUUAAAUUCUGAUUACCUUCCAAAUUUGCCCACAUAUUUAAAAUAACACCAACAUAACCAUAUUUAUUAUAUUUUUAUUUAUUUAUUUAUUUACGGAAUUCAUAUUCACAGUUCCCACAUGCAAAUAUAUCAUAUUACAAUAUAAUAUUUACAACAAUAAAAAUAAAGUAAUUUAAUUUUUAAGACAAAAUUUAAAAACUAAUUUAAUUAUACAGUAGAAUCCCUUUGAUCCGGACUUGAUGGGACUGGAUUCUAUCCAGAUUAUUGAAAAUCCGUAUUAAACGGAGUUUUUGUUCCAUUGUUACAGUCACUUUCUUAUGUUUAACCGUAGUUGUUAUUUUACGUUGUUUUUAUAAGCGUAGAAUGAAAACAUAAACGUUUAUGCUAAACGAUCUACACGAAUACAUGAUUACCACUAAACGAAACAACGAUUAACAACAAAAAACGAUAAUAAUGAGAAAUAACACAAUAUUGGUUUAUAUAAAUCAUUUUCAUACAAUAGGUAUUUAUGUAUAUGUAUGUUUACAUAAGUACCUAUUAAUGUAUAAGUACGAAACAUAAAUUGUCCAGAUUAUCCAGAAGUCCAGACUAGCGAUGACCGGAUAAGUGAGACUACUGUAUUUUAAUAAUUCAAUUAAAAUUUCAUUUAAAAUAUUUUACCUCGGGAGAAAGAUAUUUACUUUAUGUCAAUCAGUUCAUUUUCUGGUAACUGCAAUGUGGAAAAUAAUUGUUUGUAUAUUUGUUUUCACUUAAUAUUACUUUUUGUUGGUAUUAUUUUAUGGAGUAUUGUAAAUUUUAGAGAUUUAUUUUUUGCGUAUUUACAUUCUGUUUUCUAAUGUUUAGCCAAUUAUUUUCUAAAACAUAACGGAGCCCUAAAAUGGCUGAAAAAAUAAAAAUCUUAAAAGAAUGAUUUUAUCCUAUUUGGAAAAUGUUCAAGUUAUAUUAAUUAAAAUUUAUAAUGUUACAAAAUAUUUUGUUAUUAUAGGUAAUGGAUAGAGAAACGAGAAUAAGUUUGCCCCCCGAAAACGGGGUUUACGUCUACGGACUAUUUUUGGACGGAGCCCGGUGGAGUAACAGAAACGCGAGUCUUAAAGAGUCCAGACCGAAACAACUUUUCGAUUCAAUGCCGAUCAUUCACAUAUUACCGAUAAAAAAAACAAAUUUGAAAUUGGACACUGUGUAUUUGUGUCCAAUGUACAAAACUACCGAAAGAAAGGGUACGUUAUCCACUACAGGGCACUCCACAAACUUUGUCGUCAGUAUGCAUUUACCCACGACAAAACAACCGAGCCAUUGGAUAAUGAGAGGCGUUGCUCUACUCUGUCAACUGUCGCAGUAA